AUGGAUAUUCAUCAAUCAGUAAUACAAAUGUACGAAGAAUUAAUAAAUAAUACUUCGAAUGAAAGUAAUAUUAAAAUGUCACCAAUAGUAUCACUCGAACAAGAUUUAAAUGAUCCUGUAGAAGAUGCAGAAUAUGAAGAAGAUAAUAAUUGUAAUAGUGGUGUCAAUGAAAAUACUAAUACUAAUCGAAACAAUGAUAGUAAUGGGAAUAACAUAAAUCAUGAAUAUAAUGAACAUGGUGAAGUAACAGAGGAUAUUUUAGAAAUUGUGGAUAUACCAACAAGUAUGUAG